GCGCGGGAGCGCGGGCGGGUGCGGGGCGGCCCGGCCCGGCUUUCCCGGAGCCGCCUCUCUUCCUCUGCGUGCGCGCCCGGGCGGCGUGGCUCCGCGGAGCGCUGCUCGGUGCAGGUCUCCACGAGCCCGACCUGGCUUCGGCCCGCCGCGUGCGGGAGCGAUGCGCACAGAGGCGGCUCCAAGUUCGGCGCGCACCCGGGGGGGCCGCCCCGCUCUGUCUUAGGCGUCUGAGCCCGGGUGGUGACACGGAGGCAGUCGCAGGAGCGGCCGGCGCGGCUUUCCCGCUUCACUCCCAGCACCUCUUGGUUUUUAUCUUUAUUUUUAAAGACGGAGACGAUGGACUGAGCCGAUGCAAGCCAUGGAGUCCCGGGUGUUACUGAGAACGUUCUGCGUGAUCCUCGGGCUCGGAGCGGUUUGGGGGCUUGGUGUGGACCCGUCCCUACAGAUUGACGUCUUAACAGAGUUAGAACUUGGGGAGUCCACGGCCGGAGUGCGCCAAGUACCGGGACUGCAUAAUGGGACGAAAGCUUUCCUCUUCCAAGAUUCCCCCAGAAGCAUAAAAGCACCUACUGCUACAGCUGAGCGGUUUCUCCAAAAGCUGAGAAAUAAACAUGAGUUCACAAUUUUGGUGACCCUGAAGCAAAUCCACUUAAAUUCAGGAGUUAUUCUCUCUAUCCACCACUUGGAUCACAGGUACCUGGAACUGGAAAGCAGUGGCCAUCGAAAUGAGAUCAGACUGCAUUACCGCUCCGGCACUCACCGUCCUCACACAGAAGUCUUUCCUUAUAUUUUGGCUGAUGCCAAGUGGCACAAGCUCUCCUUAGCCAUCAGUGCCUCUCAUUUGAUUUUACACGUCGACUGUAAUAAAAUCUAUGAACGAGUGGUGGAAAUGCCUUCUACAGACUUGCCUCUGGGUACCACGUUUUGGUUGGGACAGCGAAAUAAUGCACAUGGAUAUUUUAAGGGAAUAAUGCAAGAUGUGCAGUUACUUGUCAUGCCCCAGGGGUUCAUUGUGCAGUGCCCGGAUCUUAACCGAACCUGCCCAACGUGCAAUGACUUCCAUGGACUUGUGCAGAAAAUCAUGGAGCUGCAGGAUAUUUUAUCCAAGACCUCAGCCAAGCUGUCUCGAGCUGAACAGCGAAUGAACAGGCUGGACCAGUGCUAUUGUGAGCGAACAUGCACCAUGAAGGGAACCACCUACCGAGAGUUUGAGUCCUGGACAGAUGGCUGUAAGAACUGCACAUGCCUGAAUGGGACCAUCCAGUGUGAGACUCUGGUCUGCUCUGCUCCUGACUGUCCUCCUAAAUCGGCUCCUGCAUACGUGGAUGGCAAGUGCUGUAAGGAGUGCAAAUCAAUUUGCCAGUUCCAAGGACGGAGCUACUUUGAGGGAGAACGCAACACGGUUUACUCAUCCUCUGGAAUGUGUGUGCUUUAUGAAUGCAAGGAUCAGACCAUGAAGCUGGUCGAGAACGUCGGCUGCCCAGCUCUGGAUUGUCCUGAGUCUCAUCAGAUAGCCCUGUCUCACAGCUGCUGCAAAGUUUGUAAAGACAUUGACGAGUGUGCUGAAGGGCGCCACUACUGCCGCGAGAACACCAUGUGUGUGAACACACCUGGCUCUUUUAUGUGCAUCUGUAAAACUGGGUACAUCAGGAUCGAUGAUUACUCAUGUACAGAACAUGAUGAGUGUGCCACAAAUCAGCACAACUGUGAUGAAAACGCUUUGUGCUUUAACACUGUCGGGGGGCACAACUGUGUCUGCAAGCCUGGCUACACUGGGAAUGGAACCAUAUGCAAAGCCUUUUGCAAAGACGGCUGUCGAAAUGGAGGAGCCUGCAUUGCUGCCAACGUGUGUGCGUGCCCACAAGGCUUCACUGGACCCAGCUGUGAGACAGACAUCGAUGAGUGCUCUGAUGGCUUUGUUCAGUGUGACAGCCGUGCCAACUGCAUUAACCUGCCUGGAUGGUACCACUGUGAGUGCAGAGAUGGCUACCAUGACAAUGGGAUGUUUGCACCAGGUGGAGAAUCGUGUGAAGAUAUUGAUGAAUGUGGAACGGGGAGGCACAGCUGUGCCAAUGACACCAUUUGCUUCAACCUGGACGGCGGAUAUGAUUGCCGGUGUCCCCACGGGAAGAACUGCACCGGGGACUGUGUGCACGAGGGGAAGGUCAAACACAAUGGCCAGAUCUGGGUGCUGGAGAACGACAGGUGCUCUGUGUGCUCCUGCCAGACUGGGUUUGUUAUGUGUCGACGGAUGGUCUGUGACUGUGAGAACCCUACAGUUGACCUUUCCUGCUGUCCCGAGUGUGACCCAAGGCUGAGCAGCCAGUGCCUGAAUCAAAACGGAGAGACCGUGUACAACAGUGGGGACACCUGGGUCCAGGAUUGCCGGCAGUGCCGCUGCUUGCAAGGAGAAGUUGACUGCUGGCCCCUGCCUUGCCCAGAGGUAGAGUGUGAAUUUAGCGUCCUUCCAGAGAGUGAGUGCUGUUCACGCUGUGUCACGGACCCUUGCCAGGCCGACACUGUCCGCAAUGACAUCACCAAAACCUGCCUGGAUGAGAUGAAUGUGGUUCGCUUCACUGGGUCUUCCUGGAUAAAGCAUGGCACGGAGUGUACUCUCUGCCAAUGUAAGAACGGCCAUGUCUGCUGCUCAGUGGAUCCACAGUGCCUUCAGGAGCUGUGACGGGCGUUUGCUGCCUCCAGGGAGUAUCUUUUAAAAGAAUGCUCUUUCGCUUAAAAAGACCAAAAAACAAAAAAAGAAAAAAAAAAGUGAUGUGCGCCCGGGCCAGUGCAGCUUUGUUAAUGGCUGGGUAGAUGGAUGUCAAUUAUGAGAUUUGUGGAGCUUGAGGACAUUCUCUGAGGAAACUAGAUGACAAUUCUGCCUUAACUCUGCCUGGCUUCAUCUUGUAGAAGAAUGGGUGUGGACUGAGACAUCCCGACCCCUGGAUAAGACGCCUAAGCCUGUCAGGUCUGAGAAAGCCGCUAGCUCCGCGGUGGCAGGACGUGGUCUUCUAGCCCAGAGUCUUCCUGAAUCGUCGAGGUUCCUCACUGAAAGAUUCAAAGCUGAGGCAGCAAGCGAGUUAUAUUCCACAAGCCAAGAAGCUGACGCAUCUGUAUAGUGCACUCUGAAAUCUGAAACAAGCUAUUGUAAUGAUUAAAAUUAACGCGCAGGCAUGGUUGCGUAACAUUUUCUAACAGGAAGUCACCCCCAGUCCCUUGUUUUACUGCACUCGAUACUAUUUGGUUGAAUUUGUUCGGUAUAAGCUUGUUCCUGUGCAAAAUAAAAUAACUAUUUCUCUUACCUUA